AUGAGCGACCCUUCUGGCGGCACUAGCGUCGACUCGAGCGGUCCCAAAGACCCGGAAUUAGUGGAGCUGGAAAGGAUCCGGACCAUGGCGAAGGAUCUCGAAGCGAGUUUCGAGAAGAAGAUCAGUGAACAUUUGGAGCAACGAUUCGACGCGUUGCAAUGGUUCCUCGAGCAAGCGAAAAUGAUCGGAGACCGCGUCCUAGGGCCUGCCCAGCCUGCCCCGCCUGCAGGGAUGGGGAGUGUAACGCUGCUUGGGCUUGCUCAGUCGAUAGCGUACCAUUUGGCGCGGGAACCGGAUGGCCGCAUCGCCAAAGCGAUGGUCAGAACGUUGCGUACGCUUGAUGAAUUUGACGUUCAGGCCUUCAUCAUUGCCUGCGCAUAUCCGGGAUUGACGGCCUACUAUCACGUGUACGAGGAAGCAGAGUGGGCGCUUGGACAGGCGGAGGAGUGGGCAGAGGAAAUGGCCAAUGACACCUUCAGGUUAGCUGACAUGCGCGCUUUCUGCACCGACUUGGUAUGCCUGUAG